AUGAAUCCAGAGGAGCGCAGGAGACUUCAGGAAAACAUCCAACAGUGGAAUUCAAACCGACUGAGUCUGUUUGAGAUCACUGGACCUGAUGAGGAUUCUGUAUUUCAUGGAGUUAUUCGUUUCCACCUCCAAGACCAUAUUUCAGGGAACUAUGCCACAAAAUGCAUUUGUAUCUCAAGUGCUUCUACCACACAAGAGGUCAUUGAAACGCUGUUGGAGAAGUUUCAACAUGACGGGACCUCUCUGCCUUUCUCAUACUCAUUGUAUGAGGUCUUAAAAAAUCAAGAAGAAAGAAAACUGGACCUUUCAGAAAAGCCCUUGGAGGUUCAACUCAACUGGAAUAAAGACACAGAUGGCAGAUUUGUCUUGAGGAAUGACGGUUGUGUAACUUUACAGGAUGGCUGUGUGGAAAAUAAGGAAAAAGUUGGAGUAAUUGAACAUUUCAAGAGGACAUUAUCAAAAAAAGAGAAGAAAAGUAAAAAGACGAAAAACGUUUCUAGCAGUCACAGUGUCUCUGACAGUAAAGCAAACAGGCUGACACAAGACUAUCUCCCACUCAGCAUUUCUUUAAAGGAAAAAGAUGAGGAGUCUUUCUUGCUCGCUGUAAUAAAUGACAUUAACAGCUCUACGAUUCACUUUAAGCUCUCGCCUGCUUAUGUGUUUUAUCUGGUCGGGCGAUUUAUAACCAGUCAUAAACCUCUGCAGUCUGAACAGAAGGUCUGCGGGAUAUUUGACAAGAUUGUGCACUUGAUUCAAGGCGUCAUUCAGAAACAGAGGAACAUCGCGGUUUCUCUUGCCUUCUGGAUGGCCAACACAUCCGAGCUCCUGAACUUCAUGAGACGGGACAGGGAUCUGUGUCCCAUCACGCUCCAGGCUCAAAAUACUCUCACUCAACUUGUGCAGCAGGCUUUCAGGUACCUGUCACAUCGGCUUCAGGUUGAUCUUGAAAAUCAAUUACCUGCAUUCUUUGCUGAUGUAAAAAAAGAAAUGGCACAGGAAAAAGAAAUAGAAGGCGUCUUGAACACUUUCAUGAAGACCAUGAGUUUGCUCCGAAGGUGUCAGGUCAACCCUGCUCUGAGCAUCCAGCUUUUUUCUCAGCUCUUUCACUUCAUGGGGGCAUGGAUCUUGAACCGGCUCACCGCGCCGGGAUCCAGGCUGUGCUCGAACUACUGGGGCAAAACUCUACAGCAGCGUCUGAUGCACGUGGAGGCCUGGGCAGAAAGACAAGGGCUGGAGCUGGCCGUUGACUGCCAUCUCAGUCGUAUAAUCCAGGCGACGAUGCUUUUAACCAUGACCUCUUCCUCUACACGCGACGCCCAGGUGAUUCAGUCCACAUGCUACAAGCUGAACUCACUACAGCUAAGAGCACUGAUGAGCAAACAUCCCUACAGCCCAAAUCAACCCCACUUUUCAGCCGCACUGAUUGAGCGUGUAGCUGCUUUAGCAGAAAACACAACAGACGUUCUGAGAGGAGAGGGUGGAGAGAUCCGACUGGAAGAAGAACUUGACCUUCACCUGCCUUUCCUGUUGCCUGAGGACGGAUAUUCAAGUGAUUCCAUGCGUGGCAUUCCUAAGGGAUUUCAGGAGUUUUUAGAACCCAUCUGUCGCAAAGGUCUCUGUAAAUUAAUUCCCCAUUCCAACUGUGUUGGGACAUGGACCAUUUUCUUUAUCCAAUCCGAUCACUCCCCAAAGGGUUCAUUUUGGAAACCUGAACCAAUGAAAAUAACUCUAAAGAAACCUUUGCACGGUGGAAUGGGAGUGAGCAUUGUAGCAGCCAAGAGGGCUGGACAGGAUAAACUUGGCAUUUUUAUCAAAUCUGUCGUCCAGGGAGGAGCAGCAAAUGAGGAUGGCAGACUGAAUCCAGGAGAUCAGUUACUGAGUGUGGAUGGCAAAAGCCUUGUGGGAGUGUCACAGGAAAGGGCUGCCGAGAUAAUGAUGCACACUGGAACAGUUGUGUCACUGGAAAUUGUCAAGUCAGCAGCCGUAUAUUAUGGUUUUGAGGGAGUAUUUACCCAGUCGCCACAAACAACAUGUAAAGAUCAUGAUAACGGUGGACCUUCCAAUCAGAAGUCCAGUGUCUCUGAUCUUCAUGACAGUGCCGAAGCAUCUGUUUCUGGUCCAUCAAGACCAUUAGAAACCUUUAGAAACCAGCACACAAUCAGCAGAGUGAACACGAAACAAAACCAGAAAUGGCUCAGGCAGAAACUGGAUUAUCGUUCCAAUCCCAACCUGGCAUAUAACCAGGAGAUGCCUGUUGAUUCGGUUCCUCCUGAAAAGAUGACAUUAUCCUUCUCCAUUGAAAAUCUCACCGAUUCUGGGAAACAAAGAAACACUCUUUCAAAUGCAGAGACAUUUCACAGAGAAUAUCUGACCCUGCCAACAUCCAAACCGCACGGCAAUAAAACACCAAGAACUACCGAACAUCCUCCACGUAUUGCUCCAUUCUCCAGGGAUCUCCAAAAGAGCAACUUCAUGAAACAAGCACUUUCUCAAGACAAUCUCUGGAGUGAAGAGAAAGGAGGUCCUCUAGUGGACAGACCGAGGUAUUUGAAGAAGCAGCCAGAUCUGAGCAAAUGGAACAGCAUUGCAACCAUAAGCCCAAUGGAUUCCAGUUUAUCCAGCCUGGGAUUCUGGAAGAUCCCGACAACAGCCCAGUCCGUGCCUCUAUCACAGCCGAAACGGAUGGACGUCCCAUACACACCCCCCAACGGUCUUUCAUUCAGCACGUUCCGCCAGCCUGAGGAGACCCAAAUGAUGUCUCCAGCACACCAUCGCUAUCAGAGCAACGCAUCACCAUCUCAAAGACCACAGCAGGUUCGCAAGAAAAAAACAGUUGUCUUCCAAUCAACUGCGCAGGCAUUGCAGAAUAGCUCAGCCUCUCGUCUAAGCGCGAACCCUCAUCACAAAGCGCCAGAUAAAAUCAAAAAGCUCUCUGUUGGAGAUUCAUGGAAGCAGGAUGCUCAAGAUAAGCAACAGACUGCAGACCUGCUGCAGCAGGAAGUACAACAGCUGCAGACUAAAGUGCAGCGCAGCAUAGAGGAGAGUGACCGUCUGCGCAGACUCUCUCUAGAGCUGCAGUUCCAGAAGAGACUGGAGGAGUUCCAGCAAGAGGAGGAUGAUUAUGACAGCGAUUCGGGGACAGGACGGAAGUGGUUUCAGACAGGAAGUGAUGUAGUGCAGAACUGUGAAGACACUGAAACCCCCGCUGACCAGCAAAACGAAAGCCACUUUACUAAAGAAGCCGGUUUGAAAGAUGGAGUCAAAUGUGAAUCUACAGGAUAUGACAAAACGUCACCCGAGAAGCUCUGUUCUGGUGAAAUAGAUCACAAAAGCUUCAGAACUGGACGAUCCCCAGAGAAUCUGACCUUUAAGGAGCGUCAGCAGCUGUUUUCUUUGGCAAUGGUCCCUUCAAGUAAAGUCAAAGUGUCCUGAUGAAAAGGCGAGCCUCAGAGACUCCAAAUCUUUCAGACAAUAGUGUCUUAAAGGAUAAACAAGGUUUAAUAUUUCAUGAUUUGUUUCUAGACCCUCAUGAGGUAACUGGGCCACUUUUUCAUUUCUGUGACUACAGAUGACCCGCUUUUUCUGAAUUCACCAGUAUUUUUC